AGCGAGUACUAAUGUUUGAACUACGCUAGCGCGUCUAACACGAAUAUUCCUAUUUUCACGGAGCGGGAAAACCUUCCGAUUUGAAUUUAAAGAACACCGGAUUCAAAAACACUGUUAAGAAUCUCUCUGUAAUGCUUCUUUCCGAUCUCCGGUUUCGUGUUCUCGGGCUUCCAUUGCCGCUUUAUAUUGGGCUCGAACUUUUUUGCAGAGAGAUAUGGAAGGUUUUCAUAGCAUGAAGAGGAAGCAACUGCAAGUGCUAUGCAAGAAGCAUGGCGUACCCGCUAAUUUGACGAACCGUGAAAUGGCGGAUAGGCUUACUUUGCUUAUCGAGGACGUAGAAGAACCUAUAAAUAAAGGCCAGUCGUGCUCGAAGGUCUUGGGGGAAAUAGGCAGUGCAAAUGAUUCUAAGAUUGUGAAGAAAGUUAAGUUUAGUCCCGAGAAUGAAACUUUUAUAUUUGUGGGUUCGGACUCGGAUUCAGAUAAAGACUAUACAAUGGUGAAGAAACGGGCGGGCAAGAGAAGGUCUACAGUCAAACUUCUUUCCAAGAAGCAAGUUCAAGUUGUUGAUAGUGCUCGGGACAUAGGCGUCUCUGGGAAAGAUAUUGAUCGCCCGGUUAGAAUCACUAGGUCAAGAGCGCAAGUGGUUGUCGGAGACGCAGCGCCUUUUGUUGGGAAGAAGAGGCAGAGAAGAGGCGCAAAGGUUGAAAGUAUGGAGGUGGACGAUGUUGGGUUUAGUGAUAAACCGCCUGCAGAUGCAGUCUCGGUUGAUAGUGUUGCAGGUGUCAUGGAGUCUCAGGCUAUGGGAAGGAGAGGUCGAAGGAAGACGAGGAAUUCGAGACGUAAUGAUGGGGUUGUUUUGUUGUAUGAUGUUUCUGAGGCUAAUGUGGAAGAAGGUGCCAAACAAAAGAAAAUGUCGAACCCAUCAAGACCGAAUGUGACAAAGGAGAAAGGCUCUUCUACAUUAAGUACGAAAAUGGGGAAAACUGAUGCUGUUGGUAGGAUAACAAGGUCCCGGACUCAGCUUGACUCUAAAGCUUAUGCAGUUGAUAGUGGGGCUAAUGCUGUUGAGGUUCAGGUAGAAUGUAAAGAGGUUCUUCAACUUGAAGAACCCUUGAAGGGUUUUGGUAGCAAGGGCUUGAAGAAGAAAUCUGUUGGACCCCAUAAGGCGAGGGUGAAAAUCGAUAGCCUUACGAUGGAAGUUCCUGAACCAGGAAAAGUUCUGAGACGCUCAAAACGAAAUGCGGCAAUUGACGAAGCCUCAGAACCGUUGACAGGGGAUUUAGGAAAAACAAAAGUUAGGACCAGACGGGCUGAAGCCCAGAUUGUGGAGAAAACUUCUGCAGUUGACAAUGAAAGUGAAAGUCUUGCAGAUCAGAAAGAAUGUGAAGAUGGCGUGAAAGGUCCAGGCAGAGAUGCCUCUAAGCAAGACUUAGUUUUGCCACAGAAGGGUAAAAUAGUGAGCAAGAGACCACUGCUGGAAAAGGAGACUAGAAAACGAUUAAGAAAUGCAGGCGUGGAAGGAAACACUGGAGCUAAUCCGACAGUAGAACCUACGAAAGAACAUGAGAAGCUUUCUUUACCGCAUGGUCGUCCAAGGAGGUCCAACCGCAACAGCUUAAUGCUCACCUCUAGUGCCCACAUGGUUGGAGACAUGAGGAAUCGCGAGACUGCUGGAAGAGUUAAGCAAGCACGAGAAUCAAUUCAAGAAGAAAAUUUGCAUGCAGCGGAAGAGCCACUGUCCAGUCCGAAUGCGUCAAGAAACGAUUCAGUUAGAGCUGAUGGAGCAAGAAAGGUCGGGAGGAUGAAGCGAAGAGAACCAAACCCAAAAGGAAAAGGUUCGGUCAUUGAGAGUGAAAGCUCAAUUGAAAAGUCUCCAAGACAUUCCACACUUGACGUCUUCAAACGCGAUUUGGUAGCGGCCAAUGAAGGGCCUUCUCCAAUUGUGGAUACUGGGUCCGCGGGGCUGGACACUGUAGAUCACCGAAUUAAUCCAGACUCCAGCUGCAUAAAAGAAAUUUCAGGAAAAUCCAAGGAGAAACUGAAGGGAUCCACGAGGAAAUCUAGUGCAAAGAAGGGACUUCGUUUCUUGGAGGUCUCUGCUGUAACUUCUGACUUGGGCGAAGUUAUCGAUACUACCACGACUGUAAAGGAAAAGGUGGACCCAACACCCGGGAAGUUGAAGGGGCUUUCCACAGACCAAAGUGCACAUAAUUCCGUUACUGAAUUUGAGGUUUUCCAUGAAAAGGAAAACAUUUUAAUAGGAGAUGUCAAAGGGAAAUUGCCCCUCAAUUGCAUUAGUGAGGGUAACAUGGAUGAUGAGCCAUGUCAGUUAAACAGCAGAGUGAAUAUUGUGGAUGUCGAUACGGUUAAACUAGAACUAGUAAACAUCCAAAGUAAAGUUGGGAGCGUGGUUUCUUCUGGCAAUGCAUUUCCAGCUGAUUGUUUGCUGCCACUCUAUCAGUCCUAUUAUGAUGGUGAAGCUUCCAACCUAUCGGAGAUGAAAAGAAGAAGAUUGGAAACAGAAGAACCCUUGACAGGCGAAAACAUGAACCUUAGAAAUGAUAAGCAAGAUGGCCAAUCAGAUGGGGAUGACCAAACUUCAGUUCAGGAGGAUCAGCACUUACAAGAUGCCAAUAAAAUUGAUAAACUCAUAAUUCAUGAGUUAGUUGUUGAAGAUCAUAUGAGUGAACUCGGGGAAAUUAGAUGCUCAAACAGAAAAUUUAAACAUACCUCUGAGACAGGUCAAGAAAUUAGUGCACUUGAUCUGUCUGAAGGAGAGGAAAUAGACCAAGUAGGAAUCCUUGCAGAACUAACGGAAAUAGAGCAAACUAUUUCAGAAGCCAAUCUACAUUUUACUGAAACUGGAGAAGAAAAACAUAACCACAGUGAUAUAGCUGCAACUCCGCUUAGACUUGCAUUAGAAAGUCAGGCCAUUUCAGCAAUUAGCAAAGAAGUGAUAUCCAACUAUCUUGGUACUUCCUCACCUAAGAAAGAUUCCCUAGAAGAAGAAAAGAAUCAGCCUGGAGCCCAAAGUAUUGCACAAUCCACAAUAUUUGAAAGAAGUAACGAAAAUCAUGUUGGAGAAGAAAAAUAUUCUAGUUAUAGAAUUGAAGUUCCAAAUGAGACAAUUUGCAUAGGUGAAACUUCUGAAAGUAACGCAGUGGAGAAAAUGAGGACUGAGCUGGAGAUGACAAAUGAAAACAACAAAGAAGUGACAAUGCAUAGUGGGGAAGGAGUACGGCCAGCUUCUGAUAAAGAACCUCUUGACAGGGCCUCUGAACAAAAUUUAAGGAUUGAUGGGUGUUGCCUUCCUAAUUUAGACACUGGCGUUGGUCAAGGUGCUGAGGAAAAAGAAAAUGACGUCUCAGAUUAUAACUUUGAUAGAAGCUUUGUCGAAACCUACGUUACAUGUUUGCAUGAACUUUCUGCUGUGGGGAGAAUCACCCUGACUGUUCCACAAGAGAUGGAUACUUACACAGUUGAAAAUACUUCCACCUCUAUUGUUGGAUUAAAUUGUCCUGCUUCUGCCAAAGAAGACAUCGCCCCUAGUAAACCCACUUCUCUGAAAGACAGUGAUGAACAAGAGGGAGGUGAAAAUAUGAACUUUAGAAAUGAUAAGCAAGAUGGCCACUCAGAUGGGGAUGGCCAAACUUCAGUUCAGGAGGAUCAGAAUUUACAAGAUGCCGAUGAAAUUGAUAAAACAAUUAUUCAUGAGUUCGUUAUUGAAGAUCAUCUGAGUGAACUCAGGGAAAUUAUAUGUUCUGACACAAAAUCUGAAUAUACCUCCGAGACAGCUGAAGUAAUUAGUGCACUUGAUCUGUUUAAAGGAGAGGAAACAGACCAAGUAGAAAUCCUUGCGGGGGUUACAGAAAUAGAGCAAACUAUUUCAGACGCCAAUCUACUUGUUGCCGAAACUAACAAAGGAAAACAUGGCCACAGUGAUACAGCUGCAGUUCCACUUGGACCUGCAUUAGAAAGUCGGGAAGCCCUUUUAGGUAUUAGCAAUGAAGUGAUGGCCAACUAUCUUCGUACUUCCUCACCUAAGAAAGAUGCCCCAAGAGAAGAAGAGAAUCAGCCUGGAGCCCAAAGUACUGCACACUCCACAACGCUUGAAAGAGGAAACACAAAUCAUGCUGGUGAAGAAAAAUAUUCUAGUUAUGGAAUUGAAAUUCCAGAAGAAAGAAUUUGCAUAGGUGAAACUCCUGUAAGUAAUGCGGAGGAAAAAAUGGGGACUGAACUGGGCAUGACAAAUGAAAACAAGAGUGAAUCAUUGCAUAGUGGGAGAGGAGUAGCUUCUGGUGAAGAGCUUUUUGACGGGGUCUUUGAACAAAACUCAAGGAUAGAUGGUGGUUGCCUUCCUAUUUUAGACGGUGGCGUUAGUCAAGGUGCCGAGAAAAAAGAAAGCGACCUCUCAGAUGAAAACUUCGAUUUCUGUUUUGAUGAAACUAAAGUUACAGUUUUGCAUGAACUUUCUUCUGGGGGAAGAAUCACUCCGAUUGUUCAACAAGAGACGGAUACCGACAGAGUUGAAAAUACUUCGACCUCCAUUGUUGGGUUAAAAUGUCCUGCUUCUGCCAAAGAAGACAGCUCCCUGAGCGAACCCACUUCGCUGAAAGGCAAUGAUGAACAAGAGGGAGAAGGGAAUCACAAUGGAAGAAAUGCUAUUGAGAGUGGUGUUGCUUUGUUGCAUAAAGCAGAAGACUCGGUUUUAACUACUUGUAAGGUUGAUGCUGCAGAGGAGAAAACGGAGGCAAGAAGUGCACAAACGGAUUCGAAUGAUGACAGGCUCAUAUCAAAUGAUGUUGCGAAAGAUGUGAUAGAGCCAUCGUCUUUACUCCAUUUUUCUCUGGAGGAGUCGCAAGGUGGAAACAAGAGUGAGAGUGCAGAACUGAAUAAUAUUUUGGGUGAGCUCUUAAGCCCAAAAAUAGUUGGAGUUCGCAGUGCCAAGAGAAGUGCAGAAGAGAAAGUUACUUCUGGUUUUGAUGUUACUAAGCUAUUUCCCUUGGAAGCAUUAAAUGCAGUGAGUUGUCAAGAAUUAUCCUUGGAGAAGGUUUUUGAUGACGAAGUGGGGGUUAUGCAUAGAAACAGCAAUGUAAAGGCUCUUGAUGUGCUUUCAAGUAAAAGCGAUAUGGGAUCAAAGGAAAUUUUCUAUGCUGAAGGACAGAAAAGAGAAUUAUAUGCUGAGCAGCGUGACCAUGUGGACGUGAUGGAGAAUUUCAAGUGCUCUCAGCAAGUUGAACUUGGUGACCACUGUGGUUGGGAGGUGGUUGGACUGGCGAGUCAGAGUCCGGAUUCAACUACAGGGGACCUUUUUGAUAAUUUUGCUAAAGGGAAAGUUGGGGAAUUUGGUGAAAGUGCACAUGACGAUGAUAGGUGUGGAAUUAGUGCAGCCGUACCAGAUGAAGCAGCUCACACUGUGACCAUGGAAAAAAUGGGUAUUGUUGAGGCAAAACUAGAAGGAAGUUUGCUAACUGUUAGUCCAGUUGAGCAGAAGAAGCCAUAUUAUGGUUCUGGGGAUGAAGUUUUAAAAAUUGAUGCCUCUGCUGUAUGUACUUCAAAUGAGGUCUUACCCAAAGAUAGUGAAGGUAUAGAGGAGACAUCAAGCGGAGUUGUACCAACUUCUGUUCAAUUGGAUGAAGUGAGGUUUGGCAAUCUUGACAAUCAGAUACUAGAAGUUUCUCCAGAGUUGGAUGGAAGUGCUUCCAUUGGUCUAGAUGUCCUUGUGCCCAUGGAUGACAAACCUGCAGAUAGAGUUGAAAAGUUUGAAACUGUGGCUGCAGAUGAAGCUGAUGCAGAAUGUAGUGGGAGAAAAAAUGAUUCUGAGAAAGUUGGGGAUGGUGCUAAGCUGUUUGAAGAAGCACUGGUUUCUCCGCAUUUGUUUGAUUGUUCCAGUAAGUGGGAGGAGAAAGAGGCAGAAAAUAUCAAUUCCUUUGCCGACACCUCUUGUGGAGAUGAAGAUGGAUUUGACAGUAUUGUUGAGGGAAACAGCUAUGACACAGAGGGAAAGGAGAUGACUGAUGAUGGUAGAGGAGAUAAUGAAGUUUCACCGGAGGAAAUAGUGGGGGCCCAGAAAAAUGAUGGUCUAGUGGAUGGUAAUGUGGAAAAUAGUGCAACAGCCACUCAAGAAUUGGCCGAAGACCAAAUUGAUGGCCAAAAUGGUGCAGUAACUCAUGCUGAUUUCAAUGGCAUUGAUUGUUUGACUUUUAAUGAGCCUUUGCGUAGGAGUAGCAUUGAUGAGACAGAGGAAGGACUUGGUUUUAAUAUGCUUGCUAAGAAAGGCAUUGACAGUGCCAGCUCUGAGGGUCCGGGAUGUGCAGAAUUUGAGAAUUCCCAUGUUGUAACUUCAGAGAAAUCUAAAGUGGCUGUUAAUCACGUUGUCCUUCCAACAGUUAUUGCUUUGCCAAGUUUUGCAACUAGAGCUUUGGACUCAAAUGAUGAUUCAAGUGCGUUCACCAGCUGGGAGCUGAAUUUUCUUCUAGGUGGCAGUGAAGAAGACGAAGUUGAGAAAUCAGGUGGAGUGGACUCAGUUGCCAAUCUAUUGAGUACAACUAGUGAGGAUAGCGAGGAAGUGACAAUGAGUGUGGCGGUUUAUGAACAAAUUGCUGAAGAGCAGCAGGGUGCUCAUGAGCAUCAUAUGGCAGAGGAUGUUGCACAGAUGGUAGGCAGUUGCCUUGCUGUCUCAGAUGAGCCUAUCUCUGAAAAUGAUAAUGAAUCAAAGAAACAAGAUGAAGUUUUUGUCAUCACCCAAGAGCAAGCUGGUUGUAAGAAUGAUGAACAUCAGUUUAUCAAGGUUGGGAUUUCAAGCAGUUCCAUAGAGACUGAGAUACCAGACGCUGCUGACCUUGAUGUCAGUAAUCGUGUUGCUGCAGAGGAAGCCAUGGCAGAAUGUGGUCACAAUGAUUCAAAACAAGUGCAAAAUUAUGCUGGUGUUGGAGAUACGAAGUUUUCAGUUGGAAGGGAUGGACGCAAACAUAUGGUAGAAGCAAUGGACAUUGAUGUGCCAAAAAUAGAUGCAACAAUUGAAGAACUAUCUCUUGCUUCCACAAAUAUGGUUGUUGGUAGAGAGGUUAAUGCUGAAUUUGUCCAGACUCCACAAUCAAAGUUGGAAUCACCAAAACUGAAGGAAAAGGCCAGUUUGUCUGUCAAACAGUUGAAUUCUUCGGUGAUGAAAGGAACAAAGUUUAAAGCUAGUCUGAUUCCAAGAACGCCGAAGAAUCUUAAUAUGAAAGAGAAUGUGGCAAGCAGCAAGAAUGAUCAAAUUGGUAACACUACAGCAGCAAAAACAAUGCCCAAAAGGCGCCCUUUGGAGGAUCUCCAAAACAAUUAGAUUUAAUAGGUCCUGCUUGUUAUUUAUUAGUACUUUGUUUUUGUGUGCAAUUUGGCGAGUUGGACUUUGUAUUUAGUACUUGAGCAUACCUCAUGCAGUUACUCUUGGACACGGGGAUGUUAGAAUUUGGUAUUUUGUACAAUUUUUAUUUUUCCUUCUUUGUGGGGAUGAUUGUCUGUCUUGAGGGAUUAAAUUCUUUUAUAAAUGUAUGACUAUGGAGAAUUGAGUGAUCAAUAGAACUACAAUUUAUAAA